GCAGACGGAGGUCUUUUACCCCGUUCGCGCACAGGGGCGAAACACGCAUCGGCGGCGGCAGAGAAGCGAACGCUGCGCGAUGACGCCGGCCGCGAAGAAGGGCAAGUACGACGCGAAGUUCAAGCUGCAGGUGAUACAGUUCGCCGAGCGCUUCAGCAAUCGCGCGGCCGGUACAAAGUUCGGCCUCAACGAGUCCACCAUCCGCGGCUGGCGCAAGGUGAAGAAGGCGGCCACCACACCGCCGGCCACGCCGCCGCCACCGCUACCGCCGCGCGGUCAUGCGACGGCCGCCCUGGGAUGGCAGCAGCAGCCGCCGCAGCACCAGGCCCCGCCGGUGAUGGGCGCCGCGUACUGCGUCCCGAGACCCCCCGGAGAGCCGCUGGUGCGCGCCGAGCCCUGGCCGCGCGAUACCUGGUGCGGCGGCGAGCCCGCACGUGCGCUGGCGGCCGCCGAUGCGAGCACGCACUACCGGAAGUGUCCGGCGCGCGAGCCGCAGGCCAGCGAACCACCGUCCCCAGCGCGGGCAGCCGCGGCACCCGCGUUCCUGCCCUGCGAGUACCCGCACGGCUACGCGCAUCUCGUGCCUCACCCCGCGGCCCCACUGCAGCAGCAGCCAGCGCCAGCCCCGCCGCCGGUGAAGCGCGUCCUGCUGCGCGGCAGCGACUACGGCAACGGCUUCCCCGAGGUGACCGUGCCGUUCACGGUGAUCGCCGAGAAGGCCCUGCGCGCGCUCUGCGAUCAGCGGGGCCAGGCCGCGCCGAGCCCCGCGUGCGCCUCCAACCGCGAGGUGUUCGCCAGCUUCCUGGGACUGACGCCCAACAGACUGGUGGACAACGUGACGUGACCGGCCCCGGCGAAGGCCGCGCCAGUAGCCCCGGGCUUCGGUUGGGGCGGCGGGCCCGGACGAGCCGCGCACGCGGUCCCACCAGUAGUCAACGCCGCCCGUCUUCUCCCUCCUCGCGUGGGCGAGGAACCCGGUGGCCCGGGGUCGCCAACCGGACCACGCUUCCUGCGCCGCCGGCCGACCCGAAAAAUUUGUCCCCGGAGGAGGGAGCACGCCUGAUCACGUCCUUCGAGCGACGGCCUCGCGCGCACGCGUUUGUCCAAAACGUGCUUGUCUACUUAGCUCUGUGCAAUACUUUUCGACGUUGGCGACUCUACGCGAGCAAUUUAUGCAACGCUCUCUUGCCUUAUUAAAAGAUGCCCCCGCCCUCUGGACUGGCCAUGCCAAACGCGAUCGCUUUCUUGUAUAAUGCGCCGCGCGAGCAGUUUCGUGGUUGGUGAAAGAAACUCCAUAGCUCCUUCGAACGCGCACACAUUUUUCUGUGAAAUCAGUGCCACUUUACUGCACGUAACUACUUCGCUUCUUCCUCUUUUUUUUUUUUUUUUUUCUUGGUCGCGUGAUUGAUGCACAAUGAAUUCAUAAUGGACUGCGACGUUUUUUGUGUGCUUGCUUUUCUUCCCUUAGGAAACAUAUGAUGUGUGUAUAUAUAAAUCAAUAUAUUAGAACACACUAAGAGAGUUUUCAUAUAGAGCUAUUGCUUAUUAUAAUGAGGCAUUACCUGGCUGUGUUUGAUAGAUGCCUGUUAUUUUUGACUGGUUUGCAUAAGGCUGCAAGCAAAGUGCUUAAGAUGCCGCAAGCUGGGUGGCCUUGGUGUGUUGGCCACAUGAAUGUGUGAUGUUUACAUGCAUGCUAAAACCUGUUUACAAGAGCUCCAUGCAAGCUAGCUGCCGCUGCUGUGAGAAGUUAAACGAAGGAAAAAUAGUGUCUCUGCCUGCUCAACGAAUAGCCCCUGGUGAAAGGCGCUUGUGCUCACCACAGUGUCUAGUAGGUGUAUUUCCUACGAGCUGUCUUCCACGAGACAGUCCACAUUCCAGUCUCCAGCCGUCCUAUCUUAGGUGCAUAACGUACUGCUCAAAGUUGCAUAACUGUUGCUCCUCCCCGACUGCACGAGUCUUUUGUUUGUCGUCGGCCAAAGCUCUCGAACCUGUGCCUGAACAAGUGCUCUGUAUUGAUUGUGCAAAACCCUGGAUGCAAUUAAAGGAAGACAUCUCUUCUUUUUGCUGGA